AUUGCUAAAAAUGAGAUAAUCUUCAAAUCAUUGCAUUUAUACUACUAUAUGCCUUAUCGACAAUACGACUGACCAAUACUAAGCUAAGAUUGAUGCCAAAAGCUGUAUCAUCUUGGCAUAUUAAAGGGUUCUUGGAUUAGGAUACCUUUGUGGUUGAGUUUGAACGGACUGAUUUUUAUUUCGGGUCAGUCUAUAAGCAUUUUCAUUCAAAAAGAAAGAGAGAAAAAAAAUAGAUAAGUAUGUUGCGUCAAACUUUCACAACCUUGUUAAGGACUCGUCCUUUAUUAAACAAAAGUUUUGUUACUCGACCCGUUAUAACAAGACCAGCUGUAAAACAAGCUUUUAUUCGACCCUUUUCUAUUACUACACCUCGCUUUGGUAGUGGUGACGCUGAUCCUGACCUUGUUCACUUGCUGGAAGGAGAAUUGGGAUUUGAAAAAACCAAAGACGACAACGAACCACCUGCUUUUGUCACCGAGUUCUUGGAACAUAACUCUUUUCAGAUGAAUGAUCGAAUUGGCUAUGAUAAAGUCACCUUGACUCGUUUGUUUGGAAAUGAAAAGAUCAGCGUUGUAUUUUCUAUUUCUGAUAUCAACAACAUUGUACAGGACAUGGAAGAGAGUAACGAACAACAACAAGAAGAAGAAGAGGAAGAGGAAAAGGCUUCUUUUCCUGUCAGAGCUACAGUCAUUGUCGAAAAGCAAAACAAAGGAUGUCUUAUGUUCAAUACAGUUGCACAAGAUGGUUAUUUACAUAUAGAUGCCAUUCGACAGUUUAAAGAAGGCCAAAUCAAUAUAGACGAUGUGACAACAAAUAACAUUGGAGAGCAAAGGCAAGAUCUUUAUAUGGGGCCUGUAUUUGAAGAGCUGGAAGAAGAGAUUCAAGCAACUUUUACGCGUUAUCUAGAAGAAAGAGGCAUUGAUACUGCAUUAGCUACCUUUUUGCCAGACUAUAUUGACUACAAAGAACAAAAGGAAUAUGUACAUUGGUUAAAAGAUGUCAAUGACUUUGUCUCUGCUUAAAUAAACGGCUUGUGAUUUCAUCUGACUCUGAUGAAAUAUCACUCAAGUUAAUCUCUUGUUCUUCUUCGCUAUCUACUGUAGACAGACUAUCACUGUCUGAUAGCUGUCCUUCUUCUGUCUUGAUUCUAUCAAUGAUUCGAACAAGUGACUCAGGUAAUUCAGGUAAUAUCAACAUGAAUCGAAUCCGUGUGUCUUUCUA